AUUAGCUUCUACUCAUCCGUCCUAAGAACCAAUAACAGCCUACCAAACAGUAUUAGUUUUCUGUUUUUUCCGUUCCGGCUCAUUUACACCGUCAGCAACGACGCCAGCAGAACUGAAACAGGAGUUUCACGGGGUCAGGGAGACAACGCUGUUUUAGUCAUUUUGAACAAAUUGCUCAUCCUGAAGGCCGACCGUCCACGAUGCACGUAAACAGCAUCAUUAUCGCAGUAUUCGUAGCAGUGUUAUUUGCUUUAGAUGCAUAUGCAGCCAGUUAUCCUCCCAACGCCGCCGGUGGAGGAAAAGCAGGUAGCGGAAAGACCCUCCUCAUCAAAUCUGGCCCAUCGAAGAGCGGUGCAGCGGCUGGAGCUAAGCCUGCAGCAGCAAAACCAGCAGCGCCAGCGCCACCUGCCGUCAAACCGGCUCCCGCAAAACCAGCGGCACCAGCACCAAAGGCUCGAGGACCAGAGGCUGCCAAGCCUGCGGUUCCAGUGGCACCGGCACCGCCAAAACCUGCCCCACCAGCACAGGGAUCUGGCGGUUACGAAGUAGAGUACAAUUAUACAGAUAGUGCCUCUGUGUUCCGCUGUUUCUCUUGCUCUAGUGGAUGGAAGAACUGUUCUGGUGAGACGGCUCUGCCAUACCCAGAGAUUGUGGCUCUGGUGCCUUGCCCUCAGACACACUCUUGUUUCGUGAGGCAAGAUAUUAACGGAGAAUACCACCGAGGAUGCGCAGACGGGUUCUUUUCCAAUAUCGAUAUAUUGGGGCGAAAGAUGGAGUACUUGGAAGGGUGCAUAUGGGGAGAGCAAGUGGCUAACUACGGCUCAUUUGUCAAAGCUUGGUGCUUCUGCAACACAGGUGGUUGCAACAUCGAAAGCUUCGCUUCUCUUGGUGGCGAUUCCAUAGAAAGAUCACCAUUGGCGUAG